GAACAACCCGGAAGUUAACAUUCCUAAAGAAGUGGCUGCAUCACAUACCGGUCCCGUUGAUGUUUGUGACAGAUAAAUAAAACCAGCAGCGAUGAGGACUGUGUUUAUGGUGGCUGAGAAGCCCUCUCUGGCUCAGUCCAUUGCUAAAAUCCUCUCUAAAGGUAGCUGUUCAUCCCGAAAAGGCCUGAAUGGAGCAUGUUCAGUCCAUGAGUACACAGGAAGCUUCAUGGGCCAAAAUGUGAGGUUCAAGAUGACGUCAGUGUGUGGACAUGUCAUGAGUCUGGACUUCAUCGGAAAGUAUAACAACUGGGAUAAAGUUGAUCCAGCUGAGUUGUUCAGUAAAGCUCUGACUGAGAAGAAAGAAGCAAACCCCAAACUAAAUAUGGUCAAAUUCCUUCAGGUUGAAGCAAAAGGUUGUGACUAUGUUGUCCUGUGGUUGGAUUGUGAUAAAGAAGGAGAGAACAUUUGUUUUGAGGUGUUGGAUGCCAUUCAGCCGCUGAUGAAUAAGUCUUACGGUAAUGAUUGUACCGUGUAUCGAGCAAAGUUCAGCUCCAUCACAGACACGGAUAUCUGUAACGCCAUGAACCGACUCGGAGAACCCAACAGGAACGAGGCUCUGUCUGUAGAUGCUCGUCAGGAACUGGACCUCAGGAUUGGCUGUGCUUUCACACGUUUCCAGACUAAAUACUUCCAGGGGAAAUAUGGGAAUUUGGACUCCUCCUUGAUCUCGUUUGGUCCCUGUCAGACUCCCACACUGGGAUUCUGUGUGGAACGGCAUGACAAGAUCCAGUCCUUCAAACCUGAAGCAUACUGGGUUAUACAGGCAAAGGUUUUUAAAGGCAAGGACAGUCCACUCACCUUGGACUGGGACCGCGUGCGAGUUUUUGACCGAGAUGUUGGUCAAAUGUUUGUUAACAUGGCAAAGACUGCUAAGGAGGCUAAAGUUGACUCAGUGUCUAAGAAAGAGAAAGCCAAGCAGAGACCCAUCGCAUUGAAUACAGUGGAGAUGUUAAGAGUGGCCAGCUCUGCUUUGGGAAUGGCUCCCCAGCAUACUAUGCAGAUAGCAGAGCGUCUCUACACACAGGGUUAUAUCAGCUACCCUCGCACGGAGACCACACAUUACCCUGAAAACUUUGACCUGAAGGGCACCCUCAAACAGCAGGCCAACAGCUCCUUCUGGGGUGAAACGGUAAGCAAUAGCAGCGAUGGUUGGCGUCUGUAUGAUUACAUCACACGGCACUUCAUCGCAACGGUCAGCCCCGACUGCAAAUACCUGCAGACCACAAUUUCCUUCAGCAUCGGCACAGAGAGCUUCACAUGCAGCGGGAAGACGCUCAUCUCUGCUGGCUACACUGAGGUGAUGCCCUGGCAGGGUAUUGCACAGGAAGAGGCCUUGCCGGUGUGUGAGAGAGGAGACACAUUUACAGUGGAUGAGAUCAAACUACUGGAGAAACAGACCAAUCCACCAGACUACCUGACUGAGGCCGAGCUCAUCACACUCAUGGAGAAACACGGCAUCGGUACGGAUGCCAGCAUCCCUGUCCACAUUAACAACAUCUGCCAGAGGAACUAUGUGACGGUUGAAAGUGGCCGCAAACUCAAACCCACCAACCUGGGGAUUGUUCUGGUUCAUGGUUACUAUAAGAUUGAUGCAGAUUUGGUGCUGCCCACAAUCCGCAGUGCUGUGGAAAAACUGCUAAAUCUGAUAGCUUUAGGAAAGGCAAACUUCCACCAGGUCUUACAGCACACUCUGGACAUCUUCAAGAGGAAGUUUCACUACUUUGUGGACUCUAUUGCAGGAAUGGAUGAGCUGAUGGAAGUGUCCUUUUCUCCCAUCGCCGCUACUGGGAAACCUCUCUCGCGCUGUGGCAAAUGCCAUCGCUUCAUGAAGUACAUCCAGGCCAAACCCAGUCGCCUGCACUGCUCUCACUGUGACGAGACCUACAGUUUGCCUCAGAAUGGAGCCAUUAAGCUGUACAAGGAGCUCAAGUGUCCUCUGGAUGAGUUUGAGCUGGUGCUGUGGACCUCGGGGUCCCGUGGCAAAAGCUACCCUGUGUGUCCAUACUGCUUCAGCAACCCUCCUUUCAGAGACAUGAAGAAAGGGAUGGGGUGUAAUGAGUGCACCCACCCUUCCUGUCAGCACUCCCUCAACUCUCUUGGCAUUGGCCAGUGUGUUGAAUGUGAGACGGGCGUCCUGGUCUUCGAUCCCACCUCGGGUCCAAAGUGGCGCAUGGCUUGCAACAAAUGCAACGUUGUGGUGCAUUUCUUCGAGCACGCCCAUAAAGUGCAGGUGUCCCAGGACAGCUGUGAUUCCUGCGAAGCCUCCCUGGUCAUAGUGGACUUCAACAAGACACGCUCGCCGUUGCCUGAUGGUGAAACGCAGCACACUGGCUGUGUGUUUUGCGACCCUGUGUUCCAGGAUCUGGUGGAGCUGAAACAUGCGACCAUGCGGCAUCCCAUGCACCGGGCCGGAGGAGCCCGCAGAGGGAGAGGGAAGGGAAGAGGGAGGAGGCCUGUGGGGAGAGGGAAUCCUAAAAAGCCUAAAGAUAAAAUGGCAGCCCUGGCAGCAUAUUUUGUAUAGAAUGCUAAUUUGUCUCGCAGCGGAAAAUCAAAACCAGCUUAAUAAGGCUUAAAGUGCAAAGUACUCAAAAGUUGAAAAUGGCAAUAAACUUUUAGUUUAAUAGAGUCUUUGCUGUAUCUUGUCUGUUUUUUUUGUUUUUU